AUGUCCGCCCAGACCGAACGCCGAAUUAUUGGUGAUGACUACAACCACGCCACGGAUGGCGAGUACAAGAAGCUCCGUGACAUGGCUCACAAGGAGUACGAGCGACGAAAGGAGCUGUCACAGAAGAGUCAGCAGGCCUACAAGAGCGGAGACGGCGCUGGAGCCAAGCAGCUGAGUGAGGAGGCAAAGAAGCACGGUGAAAAGAUGGACCAAUACAACCGACAGGCUGCCGAGUACGUUUUCCGAGAAAACAACACAGACUCCGCCCACGACGAGAUCGAUCUCCACGGUCUGUAUGUGGAAGAAGCCGAGGAGUUUCUGGGACAGAGAAUCCAGGCAGCCAUGCAGAGAGGUGAUCCUGUUGUCAAGGCCAUUGUAGGAAAGGGUCUUCAUUCUUCUGGAGGAGUGGCUAAGAUUAAGCCUGCCGUUGAGAAGCUGUGCAACGAGCACCGACUGCGUCAUCACAUCGACCCCAAGAACGCGGGAGUCAUGAUAAUUGAGCUGCCCAAUGGACCCCAGCAGCCUGGACAAGUGUACCAGCAGCCCGGACCUCAGCAGCAGCCUCAUUACCAGCAGCAGCAGCACCAGGGCAACUACCAGGGCAACCAGUACCACCAGCAGCAGCAGCAGGGCCAGGGAAAGAACGACAACCUUCUUGUCAACAUUCUUUGUUUCUGUAUUAACAAGUUUUUGAAGUAG